UUCAUCUAGAACCCCGUAUCUGAAGGAAAUGGUAGCUUUAAGUAAGCUCCUUCUACAAAUUCUGCCGCCCAAAUUCCCCUCUCCCUCUGUUUCGUCUGCCUUCAACUUCCGCGGCACAACUCUGCUGCUCUCCAAUGGAGAUUGACUAUCAGCCUUCUUCAUCUGAUGAAGUCAGAGAUGACAAUGACUGCUUAAUUUGUCUUGCAUUGGACAAAAAUGACCAUCUUUUCGACAAAAAAAAGAAAUUAUUAGAAAGGCAGGGUUUCAAGUCUGAGAAUUGCAUCUAUUUGAAGUGCUCUCUGUGCCCCAAGGAAGUAGAUACCGUUCUGAAAGAAUUGGUACAAAUUGCAAGAAUUAUUCACUUAAAUGAGCCUGAAAUUUAUUUUGGAGAAGAUGAUGCAUGUACACCAGCAGAUUCCUACAGCCCGAGGAAUGAAAUGGAGGCUCUCAAUACAAUAAUUUCUCUUGUUGACAUCUCUCUCUCUAGUUGUAAGCCUGUCCAAUCGAAUGUCCUGCAAGAACUACGGAAGGCAGUUAUUGAUAUGAUCCAUGAGUAUGGAGAUGUAUACAGUAUGGAUGCUAAAACUUUGGGAGACUGCUGUGUGAAAGAAAAUUGUUUAUUACACUGGGGUGAGAGUAAUGGUGUUAGAACGAGCUUGCAGAUAGCUUAUGUUGAAGGUACUGGUAGAGGGACCAUAGCCAAAGAAGAUCUGGACGUUGGUGACACUGUAUUGGAGAUCCCUAUGGCUAUUAUUAUUUCUGAGGAACUGGUGAAGAAAAGCAACAUGUAUCCCAUACUAACAAAGAUUGAAGCCAUCUCAUCUGAGACAAUGUUGUUGUUAUGGAGCAUGAAGGAGAAGCACAUUGCUGAUUCCAAAUUCAAGGUCUACUUUGACACUCUACCAGAAGCGUUUAAUACUGGGUUGAGUUUUGGAGUUGGUGCAAUGGUGACUUUGGAUGGAACCCUACUUUUCGAUGAGCUAAUGCAAGCAAAAGAGCUCUUGAGGGAACAAUACGAUGAGUUGGUUCCUGCAUUAUGUAACAAUCAUCCUGAUGUUUUCCCAGAAGAGUUCUACUCAUGGGAGCAAUUCUUAUGGGCUUGUGAACUUUGGUACACAAAUAGCUUGAAAAUUAAGUUUACCGAUGGAAAUCUUAGGACCUGCUUGGUUCCAAUUGCAGGCUUUCUCAACCACUCGUUGCAUCCGCACAUACUACACUAUGGCAAAGUUGAUUCUGAAACAAAUUCCUUGAAAUUCCGACUAUCAAGACCAUGUCGUAAAGAAGAACAAUGUUAUCUUAGUUAUGGGAAUUACACUGGUUCUCAUCUGGUUACCUUCUAUGGCUUUUUACCUGAAGGGGACAACCUAAAUGAUGUCAUUCCAUUAGAUAUUGACUUUGGUGAUGAUGAUAGCAUCACAUCAGACUGGACUACUCAUAUGGUGAGGGGAACUUGGUUGUCAAAGAACCAAAGCAUAUUCCAUUACGGUAUGCCCUCACCGUUAUUAGAGUGUUUACGAAAAGCUCGGUGCUCUGGAUUACACACCAAGCGUAAGCUUCAGGAAAGCCUGGAAAUUGAAAUGGAAGUCCUCAAUGAUCUCAUUUCAAUCUUUGAUGGAAUGAUGGAAAAUCUCCAGGAUGAGAACGAAGACAGGAGCAGUAUAGAAUGGGAUAUAAAGUUAGCACUGAAAUACAAAGAUCUACAAAGGAGGAUAAUUUCCUCAGGUUCGACUUCAUGUUAUGCCGGCCGCAAAAUGGUGGAACUUGCAUUAUGCGAAUGCAUGCUAGAGGACACUCGAGGCUAAAAACACAAACUUCAGGUAUGUUCAUUCUUCGGUAAGCCAUUUUUGAGAGUUCAUCAUAAAGCAAAUUGCUAGUCCUGAAAAUUAUAGGGCGUUUGUAUAAACAAUUAGGCCAAAAAAAACGUGGAAGAUUUGCUAGUGACUGACUGAUCUGAUCAUGCUGUGAACUUUGACUUGGAUAUGUAUGAUGGAAGCCCCAUGAACUCUAGAUGUUAGAAUAUUAUACCAUUAGGUGCUUAUUGGAAUGUAACUGUGACUGAGGCUGAUCUCAAAAAAGAAUAGGAGAAGCUUGUUGGGACCUUAGUGCUCUACUUUUGUUUUGUAGUCCAUGUCAUUUUCACCAAAUCACCCCUCAUAAAAAGCUUGUUGGGAUUGGAUUUGAUGUGGUUGCUAUGAUUCUGUUGGUUCUAAACUUUGGGGCUGUUUUAUUCUCCAUCCAACUAUUUGAGGCUAUGAGUAGAAAAGCACUUAACAAAAUUUCAAAAAAUAUUCAAUUUCUGAGGAUGCUUCUCCAGAGAUUGCUCUGUUGAAUA